CAGAAAAAGCUUUUAAUGGUGUUCUCGGAACCCUUUGUGGCUGACGAGUACAUUGAACGCCUCGCAUGGAGGACUCCCGGCGGAGGUUCCCGAGGUGGCAUGGAAGCUUUUGAUCCUAAAAGAUUAAAAGAAGAAUUUGUGAAUCAUAUCAAUGAACUAAAGUUAUUGGAUGAACGCAUCCAGAGAAGGGUGGAAAGAUUAGAACAGCAAGUCCAGAGAGAAGCCAAGGAAUUUGCCAAGAAAGUUCAAGAGUUGCAGAAGAGCAACCAGGUUGCCUUUCAACACUUCCAGGAACUUGAUGAGCACGUCAGCUAUGUGGCCACCAAAGUCUGUCACCUUGGUGACCUGCUGGAGGGAGUAAACACGCCCCGACAACGGCUUGUGGAAGCUCACAAACUGAUGAAGUACUUUAAUGAGUUUUUGGACGGAGAGCUGAAAUCUGAUGUUUUCACCAACCCUGAAAAGAUUGAAGAGGCAGCUGAUAUUAUCCAGAAGUUGCAUCUAAUAGCACAGGAAUUACCUUUUGACAGGUUUUCUGACGUAAAAUCCAAAAUAGCAAGUAAGUACCAUGAUCUAGAGUGCCAAUUGAUCCAGGAGUUCACCAGUGCACAAAGAAGGGGUCAGAUCAACAGGAUGAGAGAAGUAGCUGCCGUUUUGCUUCACUUCAAGGGCUAUUCCCACUGCGUUGAUGUGUAUAUAAAACAGUGCCAAGAGGGUGCCUACCUGAGGGGCGAUAUAUUUGAAGAAACCGCUAUUCUCUGCCAGAACGUGAACAAACAAGUUGGAGAUAUAUUUAGCAGUCCUGAAACCGUCAUGGCCAAACUUAUCCAGAAUAUCUUCGAAAACAGACUUCAGAGUUAUAUAAAAGACCAGCUAGAAGACCACAAGAAGUCAGAUGCAGAACAGUAUCUCCAGAGCCUUUAUGAACUAUAUACGAGGACGACUAAUCUUUCAAGCAAAUUGAUGGAGUUUAACUUGGGCACUGAUAAGCAGACUUUCUUGUCUAAGCUUAUCAAAUCCAUCUUCGCUUCCUACUUGGAGAAUUACAUUGAGGUGGAAAUGGGAUAUUUGAGAAGCCGGAGCUCGCUGGUCUUGCAGCGCUAUUAUGAUUCGAAGAACCACCAAAAGAGGGCCAUCGGCAGCGGAGGCAUUCAGGACCUCAAAGAGAGAAUUCGGCAACGGACCAAUCUCCCAUUGGGACCAAGUAUCGAUACCCAUGGCGAAACGCUCCUGUCCCAGGAUGUAGUUGUUAAUCUCUUACAAGAAACAAAGCAAGCCUUCGAAAGGUGCCACAGGCUUUCAGAUCCGUCAGAUUUACCAAAGAAUGCCUUCAGGAUUUUCUCUUUGCUCGUGGAGUUCUUGUGCAUUGAACACAUUGAUUAUGCUCUGGAAACCGGACUAGCCGGGAUUCCUUCUCCAGAUGCCAAGAAUGCAAAUCUUUACUUCCUCGAUGUUGUGAAUCAGGCGAACACCAUUUUUCAUCUUUUUGACAAGCAGUUCAAUGACCAUCUGAUGCCGCUGGUUAGCUCUUCCCCUAAGCUCUCCGAAUGCCUUCAGAAGAAGAAAGACAUCACGGAACAAAUGGAGGUGAAACUGGACAUGGGCAUUGAUAGGACCCUGAAUUGCAUGAUUGGGCAGAUGAAGCACAUCUUGGCGGCUGAACAAAAGAAGACUGAUUUCAAACCAGAAGAUGAGAACAAUGUGCUAAUUCAGUACACUAACGCCUGUGCCAAAGUCUGUGCCUAUGUACGAAAGCAAGUGGAAAAAAUCAGGAGUUCCAUGGAUGGCAAGAAUGUGGACAGCGUCCUGAUGGAAUUUGGCGUCCGUUUCCAUCGGCUCAUUUAUGAGCACCUCCAGCAAUAUUCCUACAGCUGUAUGGGUGGCAUGCUGGCCAUUUGUGACGUGGCCGAGUAUAGGAAGUAUGCCAAAGAGUUUAAGAUUGCAUUGGUGCUGCAGCUGUUUGACACGCUCCAUUCCCUCUGCAACCUCCUCGUUGUUGCUCCGGAUAACUUGAAGCAGGUCUGCUCAGGAGAGCAGCUGGCCAUCCUGGACAAGAACACGCUCCAUGCCUUUGUACAGCUCCGCCUUGACUACAGAUCAGCCCGUCUGGGCCGCCACUUCACCUGAGAGCCCAGAAGAAGCCAAACUGAGCCUUUGUUGGGACUUGGCUGGCUAGAGAGAGAUAUAUAUGAUUUUUGAGGGCUGGGGAAAGUGGCUUGUGACGGGUGGGGGUGGGGGCAGUUGGGAACAAAAAAGAACAGCCAUAACUUAAACUGGGCCUUUUUAUUGUCUCAUUUUCAUCUUCCUUGGAAAUAAAGAGUCUCUGGAGGUCAAGGCACUGAAAA